CGACGACCAAGAAGAUCUGGGCCUCGGUCAGGGCAAUACCGCAGCCGCUGUCAGGUUGCUAACGUCCAUGGAUGAGGAUAUGUCACCAACUCGACCUAGCCAUCAAGCGCGAGGCUCAUACCAGCCUUCGGUCUUUUCCACACACUCCCAUCACGCCUCGAUCGUUGACCCCCCCAGCAUGCCGCCGCCUGACUCCACCUACGUGCCAUUUCGACGCAACGACGACGACGGCAGUCACGGGUCUUAUAGCCCCACUCGGUCUACCUACGAUAGGAUGUCUCCAGUCUCCCCGACAUACGAGCCGGCUGAUCUCAAUGGCAGUCCCCGGCCCGGAAGCCCCUCAUCUAGAUAUGGGGGCAGCCCCAGGCGUCCUCUGCCUCCCAAGCCUCUGUUCUCUGAUUCAGCUCGAGGCUCUUUCGCCGACGAUGCAACGGUCUCCAUCCCGCUCGGUACUGAAGUUGACCAGGACUUCUUCAGCAGCGGCCCUGAGUCCCCUGACUUGGGCGACAAGAGGAGGCGCGAGUCUUACUUGUCUCAGUCCCAGGAGACACUGAACGAGGAUGAGCUCGAGACCCCAUUCAAUGAGAAGUUUGCGCACUACGGCCCAGCCCCGGCGGGUAGACAGGAGCGCAGGGGAGCGCGGGCUCCGCAGAUGAGCCGGAAGGAAGUUCAGCUCAUCAACGGCGAGCUUGUACUGGAGUGCAAGAUCCCCACCAUUCUGUACAGCUUCUUGCCAAGACGAGACGAGAUCGAGUUCACCCAUAUGCGGUAUACGGCCGUCACCUGCGACCCCGACGAUUUCGUCGACAAGGGAUACAAGCUCCGCCAGAACAUCGGAAGGACUACACGCGAGACCGAGCUGUUCAUCUGUGUCACCAUGUACAACGAGGACGAGAUCGGCUUUACAAGAACGAUGCACGCGGUCAUGAAGAACAUCGCCCACUUCUGCAGCCGCACCAAGUCGAGGACCUGGGGCGAGAACGGCUGGCAGAAGAUCGUCGUCUCAAUUAUCUCCGACGGUCGAGAAAAUAUCCACCCGCGAACGCUCGACGCCCUGUCCGCCAUGGGCGUCUACCAGCAUGGUAUCGCCAAGAACUACGUCAACCAGAGGGCCGUCCAGGCCCAUGUGUACGAGUACACCACCCAGGUCUCACUCGACUCCGACCUGAAGUUCAAGGGAGCCGAGAAGGGUAUUGUCCCCUGUCAGAUGAUCUUCUGCCUCAAAGAGAAGAACGCAAAGAAGCUCAACUCGCAUCGCUGGUGCUUCAAUGCCUUCGGCAAGGCCUUGAACCCGAACGUGUGUAUCCUUCUUGAUGUUGGCACUAAGCCUGGCAGCAACUCGCUGUAUCACCUCUGGAAGGCCUUUGACACCGAUUCCAACGUUGCUGGAGCCUGCGGCGAGAUCAGAGCGAUGAAAGGAAAAUGGGGCUCUAGUCUCCUGAACCCCCUUGUGGCCUCACAAAACUUCGAAUACAAGAUGUCGAACAUCUUGGACAAGCCCCUGGAGAGUGUAUUCGGAUACAUUACCGUAUUGCCGGGCGCUCUCAGUGCGUAUCGGUACCAUGCCCUACUCAACGAUGAGACUGGCCACGGCCCUCUCAGCCAGUACUUCAAGGGUGAAGUUCUACACGGACAGCAUGCCGACGUCUUUACUGCGAACAUGUAUCUGGCUGAGGAUCGAAUCCUCUGCUGGGAACUCGUGGCUAAACGCGGCGAGAGCUGGGUUCUCAAGUAUGUGAAGAACUGCACUGGCGAAACCGAUGUGCCUGAUACUGUACCCGAGUUCGUCUCGCAGCGCCGCAGAUGGUUGAACGGUGCAUUUUUCGCAGCAGUGUACUCGCUUGUUCAUUUCAAGCAGCUUUUGGCAACAGACCACACCGUUGCGCGCAAGGCAUUACUCCUCAUCGAGUCUUUCUACCAGUUCAUCCAGCUCCUCUUCACAUACUUCUCGCUCGCCAACUUCUUCCUGACCUUCUACUUCGUGGCCGGCGGCAUUGCUGAUCCGACGGUGGACCCGUUUCCACACAACUUCGGCAAAUACAUCUUCUACCUCCUCAAAUACACCCUGGUGUUGCUCAUCUGCACUCAGUUCAUCCUGUCGCUAGGAAAUCGACCGCAGGGUGCCAGAAAGCUGUAUCUAGGAUCUAUGGUCACCUACGCCAUCAUCAUGGUUUACACGAUGUUCGCAAGCAUCUACAUCGUCGUCUACGAGAUACGAAAGAGCAACGGCAUUGAUUUCGACAACUCCAUCAUGACCAACAUGAUCCUAUCGGUGCUCUCGACAUUCGGCCUCUACUUUUUCAUGUCGUUCCUGUACUUUGAGCCAUGGCACAUGUUCACCUCUCUUCUACAGUAUUUUAUUAUGCUGCCCUCGUACAUUUGCACACUUCAAGUCUAUGCAUUCUGCAAUACGCACGAUGUCACAUGGGGGACGAAGGGAGACAAUGUUAUGAAGACCGAUCUGGGAGGUGCCGUCGGAAAGGGCUCUACCGUCGAGCUUGAGAUGCCCUCCGAGCAGCUCGACAUUGACUCCGGGUACGACGAGGCUCUGCGUAACCUCCGUGAUCGUGUCGAAGUCCCCAGCUCGCCUGUUUCCGAGAACCAGCUACAAGAGGACUACUACAAGUCCGUGAGGACAUGGAUGGUGAGCACCUGGAUGAUUGCGAACGGCAUCCUGGCCAUGUCGGUUAGCGAGAUCUAUGGCACCGGAGAGGUCGGUAACAACAUCUACCUCGCUUUCAUCCUGUGGAGUGUCGCUGUCUUGGCAGCUUUUCGUGCCCUCGGCUCAGGCAUCUUUGCCAUCAUCAACAUGAUCAAUAUAAUCGUCGAGGGCCGUGUUCGUCUCAGCUUGAAGAUACCAAAGUGGUUGGGCGGUGUCGGCAGUCGGAUCUCUGACACCCUCAGCAGCGUUGGAAGUAGCGUCAGGCGGUAGAUGACAAGGAAGAGGUUGAGAUAUGUUUUUGUAUCUUUGUUCCUCGGUGCCUGUUUCAGGGACAUGUUUUCUUUUUCUUCGAAGCAUUUUUUAUGAUACCGGAAGUGCGCCGACGAGAACGGCGUGCUCUUUGCACAUUGGGACUUGGGGAUCACGGUUGUUUCGGAUUGGGUUGAAGGCGUGAUGGAUAUUACGACUGCCAGGUUAUACGAUGCUGGGCUCUGGUAAACAACAUGGAGACAAAACGGCGAGUACUUAACGCUUUGGGAAACACCAGGAAACAAACGACUCGAGGCUCAUGAAUAGUGAUGGAUGAUAUGGGUGUCAGGGGGGUUUCUCACAGUCUAGCAGUAGAUCAUGUAAACUAAAUGGCAUCAAUCGUUUACACUC